AUGGCGGCUUUGGAAGGUGCUACAAUAUUUGCAUCUAAACGCUGCGAUAUUCUUGGCGCAGAAGUAGUGUCUAAUAUAAACGAAAUAUUACCUUUUACAGUACUGGAAAUAUUUCAGAACCAGCCAGGACUGUCCGGACUUUUUAUUGCUUCAUUGUCCAGCGCAGCACUAAGCACUCUUUCAUCAUGUAUGAGUAGUCUCUCUGCUAUUACCUAUGAAGAUAUUAUAAAAAUAAAAUUUCCAGGGAUGCAUCCGUAUAAAGCUAUAAGAAUUGCAAAGUUUCUAGUUCUGUUAUACGGGUUAGUUGCAAUGGGACUUGCCUUUGCAAUAUCACAGAUACCUGGGUCUGUGUCAGCAAUUUUCGCUAGUUUCAUGGGAUGUAUGGACGGUCCAGUUUGUGCAAUUUUUGUAUUAUCCGCAAUGUUCAGACGAGCGACAACAAAAGGUGUAUUCCUAGGCGCAGUUUGUGGCAUGGUGGCUUCAUUUUGGAUCAACAUGGGUAGUCUGUUUUCCGGAUUACCCUCUUACCCAUAUCUGCUGUCUGGACCGACCGAUCAGUGUUAUAUGUACGAAGGAAAACAAUCUAAAAACAUUUCAAUCCUGCAUAUGCAUGCAAUGGAAAAUGUAACAAAUACUAGACUUUCCAUUGUUAAUGUCUCCACAACAAUGUCAGCAGCAGACGACACUUCUUCUGACAGCAUGUCUCCUCUAGCGAAAAUAUAUAGUACUUCCUACAUCAUGUUCUCAUUCAUAGGCUUUAUGACGUCAUUAAUUAUUGGAUUCCUGGCGAGUUUACUCACUACACCACCAAAACAGUUUGACGAAAGGUGUCUGUUUUCUUUCAGAAAGCAUUUCGUAGAAGAACUGUUUAAAACCAAAAAAGUAAAUGCGUUAAAUCAGAAAGAAGUAGACGAGGUUAAAAAGUCAGUUUUCCUUCUCAUGGUUUUAUUCUUGUAUAUAUAUGGGUUUCGCAACUAUAUGACAUCACGAUGA